CUGCUCUGGUCAUCACUGCCACAACUUUGAAAAUGGAGGUGGUUUCAGCAGAAGUCAACAGCUUGCUCCCUGAGGAAAUAAUGGACACUGGAAUAACUCUGGUGGAAGAUGACAGCAUUGAGGCAGUUAUCGUGUCAUCGCCGAUGGGAGACUCUAUUCCCAUGGAAACAGAACUGGAAGAAAUAGUGAACAUAAGCUCCACCAGCGACUCCUCAUCAACAACUACGGCUACAGUCACGACAGAAUCAGUUACUGCACCCAGCAAUCACUCAGGUGAUGCAACAGUAAACACCACAACCUCAAAAACUGAUGUGAAUGCAGUAGCAAAGCCGACCUUUCCAAGUGGCCUCCAUAAACUCGGUGCUCAGACCCCUGUCACUAUAUCAGCCAAUCAAAUUAUUCUGAACAAGACUACCGAUAUUAAAAUAGGCAAUCAGAGUAUUAAACCAGAUGGGCAAAAGCUAAUUGUAACAACUUUGGGCAAGUCUGGCCAACCUAUUGUUUUAGCACUACCCCACAGCCAACUUCCACAGGCACAGAAGACCACAUCCCAAGCCCAAGGUGGAGACUCCAAGGUACAAGGCCAGCAGAUCAAAGUUGUUAUUGGAGGUCGGUCGGAAGUGAAACCUGUUGUUGGUGUCUCAGCGUUGACGCAAGGAAGUCAGCUGAUAAACACCGCGGCUCAGCCUUUGCAGACCCAGCAAUUAAAAACAGUACAGAUUGCAAAGAAGACCCGAACCCCAACUUCUGGCCCGGUGAUCACCAAGCUGAUCUUUGCAAAACCAAUUAACAGCAAAGCUGUUACAGGGCAGACCACUCAAGUGUCACCAGUCAUUGCAGGUAGGGUUCUUUCACAGUCUGCUCCAGGAACACCACCAAAGACAAUAACGAUCUCUGAGAGCGGAGUCAUUGGAUCAUCUUUGAGUACAGCAACACAACAGACACCAAAUAAAAUAGCUAUCUCACCGCUUAAAUCCCCUAAUAAGGCUGUGAAAUCAGCAGUGCAAACCAUUACUGUAGGAGGAGUGGGUACAUCUCAAUUUAAGACAAUUAUUCCCUUGGCAACUGCACCCAAUGUUCAGCAGAUUCAGGUACCUGGAAGCAAGUUCCAUUAUGUCAGACUUGUUACUGCCACAACAGCCAAUAGUUCAACCCAAUCGGCCAGUCAAAAUUCCAGUACAAGUACACAGCCUCUUCAACAGGCAAAGCCAGUAGUGGUGAAUGCAACCCCGGUGCGGAUGUCUGUUCCCAUAGUGCCAGCACAGACUGUGAAACAGGUGGUGCCCAAACCAAUCAACCCAACUUCCCAGAUAGUUACUACUAGUCAGCCCCAACAAAGACUUAUUAUGCCAGCCACUCCAUUACCACAGAUACAGCCCAACCUCACCAACCUCCCGCCUGGCACUGUACUGGCACCAGCACCUGGCACAGGAAAUGUUGGGUAUGCAGUCCUUCCAGCUCAGUAUGUCACACAGCUACAACAAUCAUCAUAUGUAUCUAUAGCAAGCAACACUGGCUUUACAGGGACAUCUAGUACCCAGUCCCAAGCACGGCUACCAUUCAAUGGAAUAAUUUCUUCUGAAUCUGCAAACCGCCCAAGGAAGCCUUGCAAUUGUACUAAGUCUCUAUGUUUGAAAUUGUAUUGUGAUUGUUUUGCAAAUGGUGAAUUCUGCAAUAACUGCAACUGUACAAAUUGUUAUAACAACCUGGACCAUGAAAAUGAUAGGCAAAAAGCAAUAAAGGCCUGCCUUGACAGAAACCCUGAAGCCUUCAAGCCCAAAAUAGGGAAAGGAAAGGAAGGAGAAUCGGAUCGGAGACACAGCAAAGGCUGUAACUGUAAACGCUCGGGAUGUCUCAAAAACUACUGUGAAUGUUAUGAGGCAAAAAUCAUGUGUUCUUCCAUAUGCAAAUGCAUUGGCUGUAAAAAUUUUGAAGAAAGUCCAGAGCGAAAGACAUUGAUGCAUUUAGCAGAUGCUGCAGAAGUUAGGGUCCAGCAGCAGACCGCUGCAAAGACCAAGUUAUCUUCCCAGAUCUCUGAUCUGCUGACAAGGCCAACACCAGCACUGAGCAGUGGUGGUGGGAAGCUGCCCUUUACGUUUGUGACAAAGGAGGUAGCUGAUGCAACCUGCGAAUGCCUUCUCGCACAGGCAGAGCAAGCAGAGAAGAUGGGCAAGUCAAAAGCUGCAGCAGAGCGCAUGAUCCUGGAAGAGUUUGGACGCUGUUUGAUGAGAGUUAUUAACUCUGCAGGGAAGUCAAAAAGUGACCCUUGUGCCAUGAACUGCUGACUCGUGCACAUGAGCCACAACAAAGCGGACUGAACAGAACACUUAAGGCACAGGGACACUUUGGUUUGGUGUAGAGGAUUUAAUAAUAUUUGUUAAUUUGGUGCUUGUUGUUAAUUGACUUGCAUAAGACUGAAACAAGAAGAUCUUUUAUAACAAGA